AUGCAUAUCCAUUACUCCGAAUUGAUGAAAUGAUGGAUUCACUUGGAAAUGCAUACUGGUUUUCAUCAAUGGACUUAACUUCUGGAUAUUGGCAAAUCAAAAUGAAAGAAGAAGAUAAAGCUAAAACUGCUUUCACUUCCAAAGAAGGACUUUUUGAAUUUAAUAUUAUACCUUUUGAAUUAUGCAAUGCUCUAGCAACUUUUCAAUGA